CGCCCGCGAUCGAGUCGUCGGACUCGGUUGACGGCAAGUAUGUGAGUUCCGGGAAAGAGAAACUCGACGCGAUCUGCUCCGACGGCCGCCUCGUGAACGAGAAGGCGGCCGAGCAGGCCGCGCGGGAGGCCGCGUGGAUCGCGGCUACGGUCGCGAACCUCGAGCGCCUCAAGAGCGAGAAGGACUGCGCGGCCCAGGCGGCCGAGAACGUCAAGGGCUACGUGCCACCGGUCGGCGGCCUCGGAGCCGCCCUGGCCCGAGCCGAAGCCGCGCGUCGAAUUCAGGCCGUGGACGUCGUCGGCCUCGGCGAGCAGUCGGCCGCCGAGCAGGCGCUCGCGAGCAUGGAGCAGGAGCGCCUCGCCACGGCCGCCCCCGCCAAGGCCGCCGCGGACGUCGACGCGGAGACGCGUCGCGCGGUCCUCGGCGCGCUCGGAUGCGGCUGCGUCGCGUGCGCAGCGGCCUACGCGAGCGACCGCGAGAAUCCAAUCGAUUCGCUCCUCGCGAUGGGCGUCGAGGCGUCGCGGGCGAAAAACGAGCGCUUCGCGCGGGUCAUGAGGGGCGGCAUGCAGGACUACGAGGCUUUGGACGAGGUGCACACUUUCAAAGAGGAGCUCUUCGCGAACGUGCGGCCCGGCGACGCGGUCGUCGAGAUCGGCAUCGGCGGGGGGCCGAACCUGCAGUACUACGGGCCCCACGCGAAGCGCGUCGUCGCCGUCGAACCGAACCUCGCCUUCGACACCUUCGCCUCCGACGAGGCCCAGGCGACGGGCACGAAUCUCGAGGUCCGCGAGGGUGUGGCAGAAAGGCUCCCGUUCCCGGACGGCAGCGUCGACGUCGUCGUCGGCACGAUGGUGCUCUGCUCCGUGACGAGCGUCGCCGCGUCGCUCGCCGAGGUGCGCCGCGUGCUGAAGCCCGGCGGCCGCUACCUCUUCAGCGAGCACACGCGUGCGCCCGACGGCUGGAACCUCCUCGCCACGGCGCAAACCGUCGCGAGUCCGCUCCAACUUGCCCUCGCGAACGGCUGCCACCUGCGGCGCGACCCCCUGCCGGACAUCACGGCGCGCUUCGGCGCGGCCCACGUGCGCGCGAGGAGCUUCGUCCUCGGCAACACGGGCCGAGGCCCCCCCUGGCCGCCCCACUUCCUCCUCGCGCCGCACGUCGUCGGCGUCGCGACGAAGGCCUAAGAGCGACUUAGAUCGUC